AUGGACGCGGCCGCCGCGACCGCGCCUCCCGCGUGGCUGGCGCUCGUGGGCUUCGGGAGCGCCAACCGUGCCUUCGCGGAGGUGCUGCUGGAGCGGGAGGCCCGGCUGGGUUUCUUGCCCCGCGUGGCCGCCGUGCUGACCGGGCGGAGCGGCCGCCUGGUGGCGGAGGCCGAGCGUGUGGAGGCGGCGCCGGGGGCGCUGCCCGGUGGCAGGCUGGACGUCGUAGUGGAGGCCAUCCUGGCAAGCCCUGCCACUGCCGUCCCGACGAACCACUCCACGGGGGAGCCCGCGCUGUCGCUCACCAGGGCGGCGCUGGAGGUCGGCGCGUCGGUGGUGACGGCUAACAAGGGUGAAGAGAACCUUGCGAAGAUCGAUUGCGGGGAGUUUCCCAGAGCCAACGGGCCCACAGCGAUUGUGCGAGACGCGUUCUCGGCUGACGUCGCGGCGCUCCAUCUUGGAGCCCCCGUGCCCCCGACGCUGGAGGGCGUCUGGGGCACGGGCGGCUCGGGCGACGGCGAGCGGCUGGCCGAUCCGGGCACGGCUUCGAGCAGCCUUUCCAGGCUCAUCUGCCUUCACACAGCGAUGGCAUGGCCUUGCUUUGAGUUCCUGGUGAAGGCUUACGCGACGAGUGCGAUGUCGGUUCAGGCCCCCGUGGCGCUGCGCCUCCCCGAGCUGCUGGCCCUGGCGUCCAGCCGCGGCGCCCGCUACCUCUACGAGUCCGCGUGCAUGGACGGCGCGGACCCGAGCUCGACCUUCGAGGCGGCGCUGCGGAGCGCCCAGCCCUUCCACGAGGCGGACGGCGAGGAGGGCAGGUGGCUGCCACAGGAUAUGCGCUACACGCACAUCACCUACCAAUACCAGGCCCUCGCGGCCCUCCUGGCCGCGCGCGGGGCGGCGGGCGACGGGCCCGGCGCCGGCGCGCGGCGCCUGCCCGAGGGGGCAGGCGUAAUCGGCUCAGCCGUGGUGCAGCACGUCAAGCUGGAUCUCGUUUUCGAUGCCAGCGAGAGCAUGCGGGAUGAUAGUGACAGCGCCCUGCAGCUGACGCAAGCCAUAAACGCAGCUGUGGGGGACAAGGUAGGCAGGGCCGAGAAGGCUGCGAGACAGCAGGUUCUUGCGAUGUACGAGGCGAAGAGGGGCCAGCCCCCGCCGGCGGACAGCGAGGUAGACUUGCCCAAGCAUGAGCUGACUCGAGACUGGGGCUGGUUCAACAGCAAGGGUAUUCAGAGAUUCGGCAUGACCGAAAGGGCAGAGUGGAUGAAGGCGCUCCAGGACGCGUCCACCUACAAGGGGCAAGGCGAUCUGAAAGGUGCGCUCGAGCUCUGCCGAGACGCCGACGGCGGGGAGCAGCAUGUCGAUCCCGAACAGAAGCACCCCAGUGCCGAAUUUGUUGAUCAGCGGAUACGCUUUUUAAGAGCGGACCCUAGCGAGCUUCCAGGUUUGGGAGAUCUGGGCGAUCAGCACGACAAAGCCCCGAAGAGGAUCUGCAUCAUCAUCACAGAUGACAUGGCCAUGUGCGACAAAGAUGAGAAAUCGUCAGUGCCCAAGGAGUGCAUGAGCAAGCCUGACAGCAGCGACGAGCCAGAGGAAACGUUCGAGCCCUGCCAUGAUGUCGAGGGCGACUUGGGAGAGAUAGCCAGUUGCACGAAGUUGGUGAAGAGCCUGCAGGAGGAUGGCACCCAGGUAGCCAUCCUCUCAAAAACCUCCUCGUACGAGGUCAUGAGACUGCGGAACUCCGGCUUCCGGGACUUCCUUCAGGUGCUUGGGUGCCCGCAGGAGUGCUUCAACGAGAUCGACGACAUGCAAUCGCCCAGCGCCCCCGACGAAUCUUGGAGCGACUGGGAGCUGACUGAGAACUGCUGCAACAACUACGUCACGGGGAGCCGCUUCAGCAUGCUCCCCGAGAGGAUCCCCGCCAUGAUCGACGAGGUGCUGGGGGAGCUCAGCAUCUUCGACGUCUUCCUCCAAGACCCGGACGGAGUGCCGCCUGGCGACAACGACCCGCCGCCGGACGAGGACGGUCCAGUCGACGGCGGGCCAGCCGACGAGGACGGGCCCGGCGGCCACCACGGCGAGGGAGACGACGAGGCGCCGAUCACGCCGCCGGCCGACGAGGAGGACGGAGGCGGCUCUGGCGGCGGGGACGCCGGCAAAGGUGGAGGCGGCGGCAAGAAGCUCGCGAUCGCGCUGGUGGUGCUCGGGCUCCUGGGGCUCGCGCUGGCCGGAUACUUCCAGGUCCAGGGCAGGGCCGCGCCUCCCCCGACCAGGCCGUCCCAGGACGUGGAGAUGUCCGGGCGGUCCGGGCGGCUGUGA